CAACGCAUUAAAGCACCUUUUGUUUUAUAUGCCUCAAAAUACCUAUGUCGAUAUAGACAAUCAAAAUUACGCUGAUUGUUAUGAUGUGUCUUUAAUAUGGAUAGCCAAUAUUUUACGCUGCAAUUUCAGGGAAUAAUCGAGCUGGAGAAAACACAAACUUCAUCAACUAAGCCAUGGAGAGAAGAGGCGCAAUGUGUGGCGAGGCUGCCUCUACACGGCUCUCAUCCUGGCUUUAUAAGGCGUGAACUUGUGAAGAAGACAAGCAGAGAUAUCACUCUGUCCCUCUCGUUUUCAAUACCACUUCAUUUAUCCCGGCAUCAGCGCAAAUACAAUGUCUUCUGCGGUCAGUGCUGUGUCCUCGGCGGCUCCAGCCAAAUCUCCAAAGAAGAGAGCAAAGUCCCAGAAAAACAAGAAGGGACCCACAGUGUCAGAUCUGAUACUAAAGGCCGCAUCCGCGUCCACUGAGCGCAGCGGCGUGUCCCUUGCAGCCAUCAAGAAAGCUUUGAAGGCCGGAGGAUACGACGUGGUGAAGAACAGAGCCAGAAUCCUCGCAGCCGUCAAGCGCUUGGUGGCCAGCAAAUGCCUGGUCCAAACCAAGGGCAACGGGGCCUCGGGUUCCUUCAAGGUGAACAAGAAGCCCCCAACACCUCGAAAGAAGGUGGCGAAGAAGAAGAAGAAGCCUAAGGCGAAAAGCUCCAACAAAGCAGCCGGGGAUGCAACUCCAGCAGCAAAGAAAUCCCCUAAGAAAAAGAAAAAGACAAAGAGCCCCAAAAAAGCACUGAGGCCAGCUGCGGCUAAAAAAGCGAAGAAGUCAAAGAGUCCUAAGAAGUUCAAACGCAGGGUUUCCAAGUCCACCAGAACCAGGUCCGCUGCCAAGAAGUGAAAUCUGAACAAUCAACACGAUGUUUACCUCGUCUGUGGACCAACAUUCUGCAUUCAUUUCAUGUGUCAUGUAAGCUUGCUUUAGCUAUUUUACACUUAUUCUUCUACAAAAGAAAACACUGAACCUGCUUCUGUGACACAGGUUUCGCUGUCAUUUACUGCCAUGGUUUGUAAAGAUUUGAAUAGCAAUUGUAGAAAAAAAUAAACAUGUUUUAAUUUG